AUGAGCACCACCACAGCCACUCCCAAGCCGACGGUCUACCGCCGCACCACGACCCUGGAAUCCGUCCCUUCCACCUCUCGCAACUCCAACGCUAGCACCCCGGGCGACUCACCCAUCGCCUCCGCCUCCUCCACCUCGCUCUCCUCCAUGGGAUCGAUCGAGGACCUCCAGGAAACCCACUUCAGCAAGAAAUCCAGCCUCGUCGACACAUACGGCAACGAAUUCCAGGUGCCCAACUACACCAUCAAGGAGCUCCGCGAUGCCAUCCCGAAGCACUGCUUCGAGCGGUCGCCCGUCCGUGGCUUCUACUACGUCUUCCGAGACAUCGCCCUCCUGGCCGCCACCUUCUACGCCUUCAACACCUACUGCACACCCGAGAACGUCCCCUCAUAUCCCGCCCGCGCCGCCCUCUGGUUCGUCUACACCGUCCUCCAGGGGUUCGUCGGCACCGGCCUCUGGGUCCUCGCCCACGAAUGCGGCCACCAGUCGUUCUCGCCGAGCAAGACGCUCAACGACUCGGUCGGCUGGGUCCUGCACUCGGCCCUGCUCGUGCCCUACUUCAGCUGGAAGAUCAGCCACGGGAAGCACCACAAGGCGACCGGCAACAUGGAGCGCGACAUGGUCUUCGUGCCCCGCAACCGUGAGGAGCACGCGACCCGCACCGGCGCGCUCCUCCACGAGAUGCACGAGCUGCUCGAGGAGACUCCGCUCUACACCGCGUGGCACAUGAUCACCCAGCAGAUCGGCGGCUGGCCCGCGUACCUCUUCCUCAACGUCACCGGCCACAACAACCACGAGAAGCAGCCCGAGGGCAAGGGCAUCGGCAAGAAGAACGGCACCGGCGCCGUCAACCACUUCACCACCAGCAGCCCGUUGUACGAGCGCAAGGACGAGUACCUGAUCCUCCUCUCCGACCUCGGCCUCGCCAUCACCGCUUCCGUCCUCGCCUUCAUCGGUUACAAGUACGGUCUCGCCAACCUGGCCGUCUGGUACAUCGCGCCUUACUUGUGGGUGAACCACUGGCUCGUUGCCAUCACCUUCCUUCAGCACACCGACCCUUCCCUCCCCCACUACUCCGGCGACGCCUGGACCUUCACCCGCGGCGCCGCCGCCACCAUCGACCGCGAGUUUGGCUUCAUCGGGCGCACGCUGAUGCACGGCAUCGUGGAGACGCACGUGCUGCACCACUACAUCUCGACCAUCCCCUUCUACCACGCCGACGAGGCCACCGAGGCGAUCAAGAAGGUCAUGGGCCGCCACUACCGCGCCGACACCCGCGGCGGCUCCCUCGGCUUCCUGGCCUCGCUGUGGACCUCGGCCCGCUGGUGCCAGUGGGUCGAGCCCAACGCCGGCGCCGAGGGCGAGGACAAGCACGUCUACUUCUUCCGCAACCGCAACGGCCUCGGCCUGCCCCCGGCCAAGCUCGCCCCGGCCAACUGA